AGCCCUAGUAUAUAAGGGAGCUCUGGCCGCGCGGGGUCUCCAAUCUGCCAUUUUCUGUUCUAAGUGAGGCUGUGGUAUCCCAAAUUCCCUUCGUUUACCUCACAGGCUCGUUUCCGCCCAGAGGCCCAGCACCGCAGGGGAACGAUGGCCACAGAGUCCACAGCUACAGCUGCCAUCGCUGCGGAUCUAGUCUCCGCUGACAAAAUUGAAGAUGCUCCUGCUCCUUCUACUUCUUCAGAUAAAGUGGAAAGUCUGGAUGUGGAUAAUGAAGCUAAGAAGCUGUUAGGGUUAGGACAGAAACAUCUGGUGAUGGGAGAUAUUCCAGCAGCUGUCAAUGCAUUCCAGGAAGCGGCCAGUCUCCUAGGUAAGAAGUAUGGAGAAACAGCUAAUGAGUGUGGAGAAGCCUUCUUUUUCUAUGGGAAGUCACUUUUGGAGUUGGCAAGAAUGGAAAAUGGUGUGUUGGGAAAUGCCUUGGAAGGUGUGCAUGUGGAAGAAGGAGAAAAAGCAGAUGAUGAAUCUGUAGUAGAAAAUAAUAACAUAGAUGAGGAAGCAAGGGAAGAGUUGAGAGAACAGGUUUAUGACGCCAUGGGAGAAAAAGAAGCCGCCAAAAAACCAGAAGGCAAUUCUCUGGCAAAGCCUGAAACUGAUUUACAAAAGAAGAGUGAAAUUGAGAAGGGUGGAAAAGAAGACAUGGAUAUAAGUGUGCCUACAGAGAAGCUACAGGAAACAGUUGGAUUGAUUCCAAAUCAGUCAACUGAAACCUCUGAAGAGGCAAAAGCAACAGCAGGACCAGAAGGACUGCAUGAAGCUGAGUUUACUAUUGGGAAGCCAGAACAGAAAGCACCAGACACAGAGGAAGAAAAAUCAAUUUUUGGAAAUGACAUCCAAAAAGAAUAUAGAGAAAAAGGUCAGGAGGAGCAGGAAGAGGUAACUGUGAGCACAAAGGCUAAGCCAAAAGAAGAUUCCCAAGAACAGCCAGUUUUGACUGUUGAAAAGCUGGGCACUGCAGCAGAGGUUGAAUUGGAGCCUGUGGAGCCCACAAUCAAGCCAGUGGAUGUGGGUGGGAAUGAGCCAGAGAGACAGGUAGCUGCCUCUGAAAAUGAGCCAGGAAAGGCUUUGCUGGAACAACUGGUAGGGCAAGAAGUGCUUUCUUUUGAAGAGUCACCAGUGAUGACAACAGAAGCUACGGAGGCCUUAGCUCCAGAGUCUGGAUCAGAAGUCUCUGAAAAGCCAGAGCAGGAACCCACAGUUCCCCCACAGGAAGGUCUAGGCAGUGGACUAUCAGCUAUAGGAGAUCAGACUCCUGUCGAACCACAGACUUCUGCAAAAACAAAAGGUGGCUCAGGUCUAGAGGAGAAGGUCAGGCCAGAGAUAGUUCUUAGCCAGGAGAUUAAGCUGCCUAUAGAAGAAUCUCAGGCAGCUGCAGAUGGGGUUGAAACCAAAGUAGCCCAGAGGGCUACAGAGAAAGCACCUGAAGACAAAGUUAAUCUAGCUGCUAAUGAAGAGACCCAACAGAGAGAAGAACAGAUGAAAGAGGGUGAAGAGACUGAAGGCUCAGAAGAAGAGGAUAAAGAAAAUGACAAGGCUGAAGAAAUACCAAAUGAAUCUAUUCUUGAAAAUAAGUCUCUUCAAGAAAGUGAGGAGGAUGACAUUGGGAACCUAGAGCUUGCCUGGGAUAUGCUGGAUUUAGCAAAGAUCAUUUUUAAAAGACAAGAAACAAAAGAAGCCCAGCUUUAUGCUGCACAGGCACAUCUUAAACUUGGAGAAGUUAGUGUUGAAUCUGAGAACUACAUCCAGGCCGUAGAGGAGUUCCAGGCCUGCUUGACCUUGCAGGAGCAGUACUUGGAAGCCCAUGACCGACUCCUUGCAGAGACUCACUACCAGCUGGGCUUAGCCUAUGGAUACAACUCUCAGUAUGAUGAGGCAGUGGCACAGUUCAGCAAAUCUAUUGAAGUCAUUGAGAAGAGAAUGGCUGUACUAAAUGAAGAGAUGAAGGAGGCUGAAGUGUCUACUGAAUAUGAGAAAGAAAUUGAGGAACUGAAGGAACUGCUACCUGAAAUAAGAGAGAAGAUAGAAGAUGCAAAGGAGUCCCAACAUAGUGGGAAUGUAGCUGAAUUGGCGCUGAAAGCUACUCUGGUCGAGAGCUCUACUUCAGGUUUCACUUCUAGUGGAGGCGGCUCUUCAGUAUCCAUGAUUGCCAGUAGAAGAACAAUAGAUGGUGCUUCCUCAUCAAAUUGUGUGACUGAUAUUUCCCAUCUUGUCCGAAAGAAGAGGAAACCAGAGGAUGAGAGUCCCCGGAAAGAUGAUGCAAAGAAAGCCAAACAAGAGCCGGAAGUCAAUGGAGGCAGUGGGGAUACAGUCCCCAGUGCAAAUGAAGUUUCGGAAAGCAUGGAGGAGGAGGUUGAGAAGCAGGCCGACAGCCGGGCCUCAGCAGAGGGCACAGUAGAGGCAGGAGCCACUGUCAAGACCAAUGCAUGUUGAGAGCGGCAAUGGAGCCUUCCUCCUAGGGGAAAGUGUUUUUUGUAAAUAAUGUAUUUUUUCACUUUUGGGGGUUCUUUUUGUAUAACUUCAAUAAAGAUGAUAAGCAAA